AUGGCUGUCCUUGCCCUGUUAGUGACAGUCAUCCUUAUAGCGACCGCCGUUGCUCGUAACACAGCUUCAGAGGCUCGACAAGCUCCGUCAUUCUCGGUUUAUUCAUGUCCUGGUCCCGCGUCGAGGUUGUACCUCCCGGAUUCGCCGCACGAUAAUUACUUCUACUCGGACUGUCACUCGAGUGUACACGUCGUGGUGACUAGCCCUCGACUGGAUAGCGACCUCAAGAUCGUCAAGCCUCGUCUACUUGUCGCUUGGCCUGCUGGAAAUAGCGGUGCUUUGGCGCUUUUCGCCCCAGAGACCGGUCAGGAAGGCACGCUUGGUGUCCGCUUAGAGAAUUCGACGGAUAGUGGAAAUUCACUAGACCCUCUUAACGAAUCUACUCGCGUUGGAGUAUCCGGGGCAAUCAACUUCAACGACACCGCAAGGCUUACUGUUCCAAUAUUGGGCAGUAUUCGAGCAAUUCGAGACUUUACCGAGGGUGGCAACACGAACCAGGACUUCCAGGGCAACUUUGGCUUCAGAUUGAAUGCUGAUGGAGGUGCGACUAUCAAUCGCACGUGGCUCGACGGUGUUACGACAACGUGGCUGACCUUUACGCCACUGAAUGGCGCCCAAGCGGUAGUACUUAAUCGCGGGGCAACAUGGACACUAAGCUUUGGAUCUGGCACUUACGGCUUCGACGCCUCAUUCAACUAUCCUCAGCUUGACCAGCUAGGUCCCUCGGAUGUUCUCACCAAGGACGCCUCGGGCUUGAUAUCCCAGAACCCGGACCAGACGACCUCACUCUCCUUCUUGUCGUACACAGAUAAACUCCUAGCUGGGACCUGGCGCUUCCUCACGUACUUCGGUCGCGACAGUAUGAUCUCAAUGCUUUUGAUGCAGCCAAUUCUUAGCGAGGACGCAAUCGAGGCUGUGAUUGGGGCAGUUCUCGAGCGUGUCAAUCGUGCAGACGGGACCGUAUGCCAUGAAGAGAUCCUCGGUGACUACGCGACCUGGCUCAACCGCAAGGAGGGAAUCACGUCGUCUAAGCCACGAUGUGACUACAAGAUGAUUGACACGGACUUCCUCCUUCCUAUUGCCAUGGAGCGCUACUUUGUGGGAACUCAGCCGGGGAAGCAGCAUUCCAAAGCUUUCUUCGCCAAAACUGCGACAUUUCUCGCCGAAAAUGAUGGAUUCAACUACAUGCAGCUAGCUGAACUCACAUCGGAGAAAAUCAUGCGCAUUGCUACUCCAUUUGCCAAGAGCCAGGCCAAAGAAAAUCUCAUUCAUCUCAAAGACGGCGAACAAGUAGGCGAGUGGCGCGACUCAAAUCAAGGUCUGGGUGGUGGCCGUACUCCCUACAACGUCAAUACUGCUCUCGUUCCAGCCGGGCUUCGCGCCAUCGCUGCGUUGAGCCGAGCGGGCUUCUUCACGGAUCACUCAGACUGGGCUGUCCUUGCAGAUAGCUAUGCCCAAAUCUGGGAGGAUGAAACACUACGCUUCUUCCAGAUCACUGUGCCUCAAUCCAAGGCCAAGUCUCUUGUGCAGAGCUACGCCAGCAGUCUCUCCGUUCCUUCAAACACUGGUAGCAUCGACGCUGACGUUACAUACUACGGCCUCGCCCUCGACGGUGCUGUUGGUGGCCCGGUGGUCCCAGUCAUGAACACCGACGACUGUUUCCGACACUUCUUCCUCAACACGACAAACCAAACCCAACUCAGCGCAUACCUUGGCCAGACUGCGGACCACAUCCUCAAGCCCUUCCCAGUUGGACUAUCGAGCGACGUGGGCUUGUUCGUUGCUAACCCAGCGUACUCGGGAAACACGAGUUUUGCGACCGGCUUUUCGCAUGGCGAUUACCACGGCACUGUAGUGUGGAGCUGGCAGCUUGCAAUGAUGGGCGCUGGAUUGUCGAGACAACUUGGCCGCUGCACAUCAGAUGAUGUUCCUGACUUCUGCAAGGACACCACGCUCCACUCUAAAAUUCUCUCUGCAUACAACCGCCUCUGGGACCUCAUUGAGGCUAAUCGUGCGCAACUCAGCCACGAAGUGUGGAGCUGGCGGUACGACAACGGGUACAAGGUGGUGCAGCUGGGCGAGAUAACGUCGACUGAGAGCAACGUACGGCAGCUGUGGAGCUUGACGUUUCUAGCAGUCCAUAGGGAGGACUUUGGGAGUUCAUAGAGUGUGGUGAUGACGAACUUGAUUUGAACAAGGGCUUCCCCGAUGUUCUGUAGACUUCAUCAUGGACCUGAGACUCUGGAAGACGAGGCUAUGAAACAAGUUUAGAGUUUUGUAUACCCCUCCUUCACUGUCAAGCUAUUCGUUUCAGAAGUUCAAUAUUAGUCCCCGUUAAGACAGUAGCUCACUACAUGGUCAGAUGAACUUAACCUCCGGUCCUGUAGAUCAAAUAGGGUGAUCUUAGUGAACGUACGGAGAUGAGGAAGAAUUGAUGAGGCGUGG